UCUGGGCGGGCACCGCCUUUGUUGGUUGAGUCCCGGGCGGCGCCUGCGCGCGGGGCGCGGCCGGAGCGGCUGCGGCGGAGCGGGAGGAGCGGGAGCGGCGGCCCCGGGCCCCGCGUGGAUGGGAUGGACCCGGGCCCCGCGGGAGCCGCUGCAGGCGCUUACCUGCCACCCUUGCAGCAGGUAUUUCAAGCGCCGCGUCGGCCCGGGAUAGGAACCGUUGGGAAGCCCAUCAAGCUCUUGGCCAACUACUUUGAAGUGGACAUUCCCAAGAUUGAUGUGUAUCAUUAUGAAGUGGAUAUCAAACCCGACAAAUGCCCACGCAGAGUCAACAGGGAAGUCGUGGAGUACAUGGUACAGCACUUCAAACCACAGAUCUUCGGCGACCGAAAGCCGGUCUACGAUGGGAAGAAGAACAUCUACACUGUCACGGCCUUGCCCAUCGGAAACGAGCGGGUUGACUUCGAGGUGACGAUCCCGGGGGAAGGCAAGGACAGGAUAUUUAAGGUCUCCAUCAAAUGGAUGGCCAUCGUGAGCUGGCGCAUGCUGCACGAGGCCCUGGUCAGCGGGCAGAUCCCUGUGCCCCUGGAAUCUGUCCAGGCGCUGGACGUUGCCAUGAGGCACCUGGCUUCCAUGAGGUACACUCCCGUCGGCCGCUCCUUCUUCUCCCCUCCCGAAGGUUAUUACCACCCACUGGGAGGCGGCAGGGAGGUCUGGUUCGGUUUCCACCAGUCGGUCCGGCCUGCCAUGUGGAAGAUGAUGCUCAACAUUGAUGUGUCAGCCACCGCCUUCUACAAAGCCCAACCCGUAAUCGAGUUCAUGUGUGAGGUGCUGGACAUCCGGAACAUCGACGAGCAGCCAAAACCCCUGACGGACUCACAGAGAGUGCGUUUCACCAAGGAGAUCAAAGGACUGAAAGUGGAGGUUACCCACUGCGGGCAGAUGAAGAGGAAAUACCGCGUGUGUAACGUGACCCGGCGGCCAGCCAGCCACCAGACGUUCCCCCUGCAGCUGGAGAGCGGUCAAACUGUGGAGUGCACAGUGGCUCAGUACUUUAAGCAGAAAUACAACCUGCAGCUGAAAUAUCCGCACCUACCCUGCCUCCAGGUUGGCCAGGAGCAGAAGCACACGUACCUGCCCUUGGAGGUGUGCAACAUCGUGGCCGGCCAGCGGUGCAUCAAGAAGCUCACAGACAAUCAAACAUCAACUAUGAUAAAAGCAACGGCCAGGUCUGCCCCAGACAGGCAGGAGGAAAUCAGUCGCCUGAUGAAGAAUGCCAGCUACAACUUGGAUCCGUACAUUCAGGAGUUUGGGAUCAAGGUGAAAGAUGACAUGACGGAGGUGACAGGGAGGGUCCUGCCGGCACCCAUCCUGCAGUACGGAGGCAGGAACCGGGCCAUUGCAACUCCCAACCAAGGCGUGUGGGACAUGCGAGGGAAGCAGUUCUACAACGGCAUUGAGAUCAAAGUCUGGGCGAUUGCUUGCUUUGCCCCGCAGAAGCAGUGUCGAGAGGAGGUGCUGAAGAACUUUACGGACCAGCUGCGCAAGAUCUCCAAGGACGCAGGGAUGCCGAUCCAAGGCCAACCCUGCUUCUGCAAAUACGCCCAGGGUGCAGACAGCGUGGAGCCCAUGUUCAGACACCUCAAGAACACCUAUUCAGGGCUUCAGCUCAUCAUUGUCAUCCUGCCAGGGAAAACGCCGGUGUACGCCGAGGUGAAGCGCGUUGGGGAUACCCUCCUGGGAAUGGCCACGCAGUGCGUCCAGGUCAAGAACGUGGUGAAAACCUCCCCGCAGACUCUUUCCAACCUCUGCCUCAAGAUCAACGUCAAGCUUGGUGGGAUCAACAACAUCCUUGUGCCUCACCAGCGCUCUGCUGUCUUUCAACAGCCGGUGAUCUUCCUUGGGGCCGAUGUCACUCACCCACCUGCAGGAGAUGGGAAAAAACCCUCCAUAACAGCUGUUGUGGGCAGCAUGGACGCCCACCCCAGCCGGUACUGUGCCACGGUGCGCGUGCAGCGUCCUCGCCAGGAGAUCAUCGAGGACUUGUCCUACAUGGUGAGGGAGCUCCUCAUCCAGUUCUACAAAUCCACCCGUUUCAAACCCACCAGGAUCAUCUUCUACCGCGACGGCGUUCCCGAGGGGCAGCUCCCUCAGAUCCUUCACUAUGAGCUCCUAGCAAUCCGAGAUGCCUGCAUCAAACUGGAAAAGGAUUACCAGCCUGGCAUCACCUACAUCGUCGUCCAGAAAAGGCAUCACACCCGUCUCUUCUGCGCAGACAAGAAUGAGAGGAUUGGGAAGAGCGGGAACAUCCCAGCAGGAACAACAGUGGACACUAAUAUCACCCAUCCCUUUGAAUUUGACUUCUACCUGUGCAGUCAUGCAGGCAUUCAGGGGACGAGCCGGCCGUCCCAUUACUACGUGCUCUGGGAUGACAACCGGUUCACCGCAGAUGAGCUGCAGAUCCUCACGUACCAGCUGUGCCAUACCUACGUGCGCUGCACGCGCUCCGUCUCCAUCCCGGCCCCAGCCUACUACGCCCGAUUGGUGGCAUUCCGAGCGCGGUACCAUCUCGUGGACAAGGAGCACGACAGUGGCGAGGGCAGCCAUAUAUCUGGACAGAGCAACGGCAGAGACCCCCAGGCCUUGGCGAAGGCUGUGCAGGUUCAUCAGGACACUUUACGUACCAUGUACUUUGCUUGAAAGCCUAACUUUUGUUACCUCACUCAAGAAAGCUUUCAGAUUUGUAGGAGCCAUACAAAAAAAAAGGAAGCAUUGGGACAACCUUGGUUUUUUUUUUUUCCAAUGAGAAAUCACUGCAGGGCAGGCAGCGUCGGUUCGAGGCAGGAGACCAGCACCACGGGACAGAAACAUCCAACACCUCCGUAGGAUUGGAAGAGAACGAUGAUGAUGAUUAUUAUUAUUAUUAUUUUUUAAGUUUCUUCUGGCUUUGCAAAAUUUUUGACCUGACCAAACACAUGAAAGGCAUUCAAGGAAGGGAUAUAACUUCCCGGGAGGCGGAAGCAGGUUUUCAUUUUUAAGAUGCAAUACUCUAGACUGCUGACUGUGACGUGACCGAUGCGGUCCUCCGUUGCCCGCCGGGCGCUGAAAUGAAGACAUCAAUAUGCUAUGCAAACUAAGUGCUGAGCCCACUGCUGUCACGUGUUGUGAAGACCCUACGUUUAGCACAGUCCUCUUUGUCCUCAAGACUCCAGUAUUUGGUCCUUCUUCUCCUUCGCACCUUGUGUUGACCUCCACUGCUGUAUAUCCGCAAGGUGACGGGGAGGAGACCAAGAACUAUUCAUGGUCAGUAGGUAGGGAACUCUUAGGAAGGCUUUUAGAGAGUAGGGAAUGCAUCAACACUAACGUCAACAUGAGAAGCCUACAUUCCUAUACACAAGUGCCUGCAUAGUGACACAAAUUCAGCACCUCUCCAUCCCAUCCUCAGAACUCUGGCUUGGGUUCAUUGAAAGCAAAAGGAUCUCAGAGGGCGUUAGAAAGCCCCUCGUUAAGAAUAAAACCAGGGUUGAGGUCAAGGUUCUCUCUGCAAAUCCGUUUGUUCACCAGCAUUACAGCGGGCAGCACCCGGCUGCUGCUCUGCAGCGAGGGGCAAAGGUAUUUUGGUUUCUAAGUUUUUAUUUUAGUGUUUUAGUUGGGUCUAGAAUUCCGAGAUGUCUUUUAGUAGCUGUGGCAUAGCGCGUGUGCCAUUUUUAACCAUUUGAAAAGAGAUAGUGUGGGCAUUUACAGAAACAGCUUGUCGCUCUGUAACGAUUUUUUUUUUAACCUCGAGACUUGAAAUGUAAAAUGGACCUUUAAGAUUUGCACUCAUUUGUAAGGUGGCUGUUCAUAGAAAACUAUGAAUGAAGACUCGCUGAUGUAGCACCUACUUUUAACAGCAAUUUUAACUACACAAAAGCUUCACAGCUUCUGAAACUCUCAGCUGUUGACUUGCAGAUCGCGUUCUGCCCUUAUUUCACCCUCUGCGUUGGGUUUUCAUGGUUUUGAAUCAAUCCAAAAGCCAAACUCAGUAGCUGCUGUACCCUCGAGACCCUGUUUCCAUGUUGAAGACAUUUAGGAGGGGUUUGAGCUACCCGCAUGUUUUGUAUCAUGGACUAUGCACCGUACCUUCUAUGUGGCUCCGGCAUCCAGCAUUUCCACUCUGUUCUUGUCCGAGAUACAAAUGAAUAACUGCAUGUUGAGGUGCUGUGCAUUUUGCUCCCCAUAGCGGAUAGGUGUUAACCCAGAGACAUAUCAGGACUUGUCGUUAGCCACAAAUCUCGCCCCCCUCCGGACAUCGCGAAUGGCUCCGAGUCUCUGCCUUCUCCACGCACAUGUGUUCCUUCCGCAACUGGAACCACCGCCAGGUGCAUGCAGUUUUGUGGGAAGAGGAGUAAUUUCCAUUUACCCAUCAGUUGUGGGAUGCUGUUUGUUUCCCUUAGCUGAUAUCUGAGCAGGGUGGGGGGCAGAGCCGCCCUCUCCCCCAGCUGCUGGGGGCGGCUCGGGAGGGGAGGUCUGGUGUUUGCAAGCGUACGACCCAACGUCUGGUGUCAAAAAAAAGCCCAACGUUGCCUCGCGGAAGGUUUUCUUCUUGGAAAAUUAGCGUGAAAUAAAAGAAUGUGAUCCUUUUGGAAAGGGAAGCCAGGCAGCAGGACAGCAAUAAAUAUGUGAAAUUCAUAUCUUUGCCUGAGUGAUUUGCACUUCAAGUUGUGAAAGAAAAUUUCUGGGACUCCAGUGCUUUUGUGUUUGGUUUCAAGCCCCUUUCGUACCUCCUUUCUAUGAGCAAGUGUUGAACUGUACACGGGGGUUUCGCAGGAUGCUCCGUUUGGGUUGUUGUUUUUCUUGUGGGUUUGUUUUCUUUUGCUUUAGCUUGAGCUCUGUGCAGUCCCUUCAUUAGGCAGACGUGAGCGGUUGAUGUACAGUACUUACGGAACGAGCAGCAGCACAAAACUUAUUUUAUUAAGAAAAUAUGGCUUAUAUUUUAAAGGUCGAAUACCAGUUUUGUUUUGUAUGCGUGGAAUUGAGACCGGUAAAGAGUAACAAAAUCCUUGGAUCAGGCCAAAAGAAAAUACUGUAAGAUCAUAACCACCUCGUUAUUAAAGAAACCGGUAUGAUUAAAGAGCUUCAGCACAUGGGAUUUGUAUUCGGUUUGAGUUGAUUUGAUUGCCUUUGUGGGGGUUUAUUUUGUUGCCUCGGUCCUGGUUUUUGCUUGCAACUCUGACUUUGCAGUCCCAGUGUCUGUUACCCUGUAACUGUUGGCAGAAGACCUAAAUAAAAGCAAUGUGAUGAUGUCGGGG